CUCUUACAAACAGAAUCUCUCCGCUGUGUGGACUCUCCCUCGGCGAUCGCUAUCUGAACUCUCUCUCUCUCUCUCUCUCUCUCUCUCUCUCUCUCUCUCUCUCUAACCAAGUGCUUCAUUUGAUUUCGUAGAGAUGGCGGACGAACCUUCCAUCACUCGCUGGUCAUUCCAGGAUUUUAAGAUGUUUUAUGAUGUGAAGUUUGGGAGGAAAAAAGAGAGUACUGGUAAAGAUGCCGAUGCAAACGGACAUGCCAAUGGUACAGCCGUUAGCAAUGGGAGUGGAGCAUCGAAUGGAAAUGGACGUGCAAAGAACACAUCUGACAUGGCGGUUUACGAGCAGUACAGAAAUCAGGAUAGAGCAUCUUCGUUGAAUAACAAUGGACAUUCAUCUGCGAGAAUUGAUGAAAGGCCGCAAAAACCUCUGCUUCCUCCUUUUGAAUCUGCGGAAAUGCGUACUUUGGCUGAGAGUUUAAGUAGGGAUAUCAUACGCGGUAGUCCAGAUGUUAAGUGGGAAAGCAUAAAAGGAUUAGAGAAUGCAAAGCGCCUGCUUAAAGAAGCAGUUGUCAUGCCAAUAAAAUACCCCAAGUACUUUACGGGUCUACUAUCACCAUGGAAAGGUAUUCUCCUUUUUGGCCCUCCAGGUACAGGGAAGACAAUGCUUGCAAAGGCUGUUGCAACUGAGUGCAACACUACAUUUUUCAAUAUUUCAGCAUCAUCUAUAGUCAGCAAAUGGCGUGGUGAUUCGGAGAAGUUGGUCAAAGUGCUCUUUGAGCUUGCUAGGCAUCAUGCACCUUCCACUAUAUUUCUUGAUGAGAUUGAUGCCAUCAUUACUCAGCGAGGUGAAGCACGGAGUGAGCAUGAAGCGAGCAGGCGAUUGAAAACUGAGCUACUCAUUCAGAUGGAUGGCUUAACAAAAACAGAUGAUCUUGUCUUUGUUUUGGCGGCAACAAACCUCCCGUGGGAACUUGAUGCUGCUCUGCUCCGGCGUCUUGAGAAGCGGAUCCUUGUACCACUUCCUGAACCAGAAGCAAGAAGAUCCAUGUUUGAGGAAUUAUUGCCUCCUGUACCUGAUGCAGACAAACUUCCAUAUGAUUUAAUGGUCGAAAGGACUGAAGGCUAUUCAGGUUCAGAUAUUCGGUUGGUGUGCAAAGAAACUGCAAUGCAGCCUUUAAGACGUUUAAUGGCAUGCUUAGAGGAAAAGCACGAAGCAGUUCCCGAGGAUGAAUUGCCCAAUGUAGGACCAAUCAGACAUGAAGAUAUCGAGGUAGCUCUGAAGAAUACGAGGCCCUCUGCUCAUAUGCACACUCCUCGAUAUGAGAAGUUUAACAAUGACUAUGGCAGUCAGAUACUGCAUUGAGGCCACAAAGAGCGCAACAUUUGUAUUUUUAUCAUAUUUACCUGGCUGUCAUUUUAGCCUCCUAUUUUUAUUUAUUUUUAAAUUUCUGGUUGACCAUGUGAAUAUAUAGAUUAUUUUAGAAGAACUGAUUAACUUUUUGAGGUC